UUUCCUUCUUCCCGCUUGCUGUGCACAUUCCAAACGGACCAGACAUUCCGGUUGGGCCUCCUGUCCGGGCCCAGACCCGUGACCCUUGACCUGCCUUUCCGAAAAGGGGGACCCCACCCGCUCUGGACAUUCGAACCCCAGCAUGGCCUUGGUCUCGGGUGCUGCAGGGUCCCCCUCGGGGCUCAGGGGGUCCCCCGUGGGGCUCCUUGAUUUGGGCCCCUUGGCCUGGCUCCCCUCCCUUCCUUUCCAGGUGAGGCGGGGCCUCUCUUUACCUGUUUGUCAGGUUCCGCCCCGCCUGUUGACUCACCUUUCACCUUGGCAGGGAGGCAGGCAGGCAGGGAGGGAGGGAGCCCCUCCCUUGGGCCCCAGAGGUGUCCUUCCUCCCUUCCUUACCUGCGUCCAGGUGAGAGCCAGGCUCCGGCUUGCCCCCCUUUCCGUGCCAAGGGAACAGGUGAGCCUCCCAGGUGAAGAAGGAUGGCCACCUCCGAGGAGGACUACAACUUCGUCUUCAAAGUGGUGCUGAUUGGCGAGUCUGGGGUGGGCAAGACCAACCUGCUCUCACGCUUCACACGCAACGAGUUCAGCCAUGACAGCCGCACCACCAUUGGCGUGGAGUUCUCCACCCGCACAGUCCUGGUGGACGGCGCUCUGGUCAAGGCCCAGGUCUGGGACACCGCCGGCCUCGAGCGGUACCGCGCCAUCACCUCCGCGUACUACCGGGGUGCGGUGGGGGCGCUGCUGGUCUUCGACAUCUCCCGGCACCAGAGCUACGAGGUGGUGGAGCGCUGGCUGAAGGAGCUCUACGACCAUGCCGAGGCCACCAUCGUGGUCAUGCUGGUGGGAAACAAGGCCGACCUGGCACACAGCCGGGAGGUGCCCACCCAGGAGGCCCGGAUGUAUGCAGAGAACAACGGCCUUCUCUUCCUGGAGACCUCCGCCCUGGACUCCACCAACGUCGAACUGGCCUUUGAAACCGUCCUCAGAGACAUUUACAACAAGGUGCGGAAGCAGAAGCAGAAGAGCCCCGUGGAGGAGGCGGUCCAGCUUUCGGCCGAAAACCCCAAUGCUGCUGCUUCCGGACCGCCCUCCGAACCGGGAAAGCGGGCCUGUUGCAUGAACCUAUGAAUCCUAACGCAAGGAAAGAAGGGUCGACCUGAUGGAAGUCGCUGAGUGCCAAGACCCCGGAGCCAUUCUUCUCCACCCGUUUGCUUCUUCGAGUUCAAGAAUGCAAAACGGGAGCAAGACCUGGCCCGGACGGAACACAGGCACCUCCUGAUCCGCUCGAUUGAA